CCCACUUUUCGCCCCGUCCUUUGCGAUCGUACACUGGUGCUUGCGUCCGCUCUGGCCCGGCGCUUCCUGAUGAAAACUCGUAUAAGCUCGGCAACGUCCCAGCGGUGUCGGUUCCCUAUACACCAGCCCAGUGCCUCCUCGUCGCCGGGACAUUCACCUGUGCCCCUGCAGCCGGACGGCCUCCUUCACAGAACAGGGUUACGGCCCUGAGUUGCGAAUUCCACGCGCUACUGUAAGGACUUACGACGGGAAACCUUCGGUCUCCGUUGUACUACUUUACCCCUUCGAAGAUGUGCUUUCUUCCGUAGGGGUACAGCGGCGCCUUUCAUAGACUCCAUACGUUCGUUGCUGCCGAUUCCUGAAAAGAAAUUGCCAUUGAAGGGCCCCAACGCUGAGGAGGUACUCAAAAGUCGGUAUGAUACCGACAGGCCCAACGCUUCUGUUCGCUCUACUAGGACUGGCCUGCGCUCAGUAUGAAGAGGCAAUUCAACACCUCGUCUCCGAGCAGGCAGAGGUUAUACAAGACGAAAGAGAAAAAUCGCAAAUGUACCAGCAGAUGCUGCACGAAGUUCCCAAGCUAGACGGCGGCCAGGCGAUGUUCCAGGGUGACAUGCUGAUGACCGAGCGCGACCUGCUGGACAUGUACGCCCUGGUGCCUUCCAGGAACAUCACCUGGCCGGGAGGAAUCGUGCCUUACAAGAUCAGCGAGAGCUCGGUCAACGAAGCGGACCUGAUCCGGCAGGGCGUCGCACACUGGAUGAACAACUCGUGCCUUAUGUUCCGCGAGCUUCAGAAGGACGACACGACCACGGACUUCAUACUUUUCAUCAGGGGCAGAGGGUGCUGGUCCCGGUUCGGCCACGUCGGCUCUCUCCAGCCCAUAUCGAUCGGUGAUGGCUGUGAGACGCUGGGUACAGUGGUGCACGAGAUCGGACACGCCAUCGGCUUCCUGCACGAGCAGUCGCGCGCUGACCGCAGCCGCUACGUGGUGGUCAACUACCCCAACAUCCUGGAAGGACUGCGCAGCCAGUUCGACCCGGACCAGAACAAGCGGGAGUACGGCGCACGAUACGACUACACCUCCGUCAUGCACUACUCGCCGACGGCGUUCGCGGCGUCGCCGGAGAUGAAAACCCUGAGCCCAGUGAACCCGCUGCUUGCACCGCUGAUCCGCAGGCAGAACGGGCUCACCUUCCGUGACAGGCGCAAGGCAAACUUCCUCUACCGGUGUGAUGCCGCAUGCACGAGCAGACCAGUGUGCGCCAACGAAGGAUUCGUCGACCACACCUGCAAGUGCGUCUGCCCACCAAACACGGAGGGCGAGCGAUGCGAGAGACUGCGCCGUUCUUACUACACUCGACCAAACUGUGGAGGCCGCGUGAUUCGGGAGAAGACGAUUGCGUCUCCCGGCUACCCGAGGAGCCAGAGACCGCAGGAUGGUAUUUGCGUCUGGUGGAUACAAGCUCCACCAAACAACAAGGUGCAGCUCACGUUCCGGGCCUUUGAUCUCUACAGCCGAGUUCGCAAGUUCUGCGUCUAUGACCGCUUCGAAAUCCGACUGCAGUCACUUUACCUUGGACAGACGUUCUGCAGUGACGAAAUCAAGCCCGGCAGCGUGGUCACUUCUGUGGGUCGAGACGUGAUCAUCGAGUACAGGCCUUACGCCAGAUUCAAACGUGGUUUCGCAGCCGAAGUCAAGUUUGUUCCGGUUUAGCCAAGACGAUGUUGACAAUUAUUUGCACCUAAUCUGUGGAACUUGUGCUCUUCAUAUACCUGAGUUGUCAAAAUGCUCUAGAGGAUCAAAAGAUGGGUAUAAAGGAGCGACAACAUCCGUGAGUAAUAUCACAGGGAAUUCAUACUUGUCGAUUACUCGCCAAAAGUGCGCCUGGUGCAUUCGUAUACGCCUGACACGUCAGUGUUUACAAGAGUAGGCACUAAUCUGGCACGUGGGCGUGUACCAAUAUUAGUUUUCCAGUUGAAAACAUAACCAUUUAGAUCGCUGUUAUACUCGGCAUAAAUUAUGAAUGCCUAUGGUAUCUUGCAUGCAAAUACUUGUAUUCCCUCCGAUAUCGCUCACAAUGGAAUGACUUUAUCGCAUAGUACACACGCCAGGUAUUAUCCUUGCAAGAGCUAGAUCACCUUUCAUUCAUAGGGUCACGACAACAUUGCACUUACAAAGGCCUACCCAGCCAUUCAUUCAACCUACGUUUAUUUUCUUGAACAUACUUUUCUGUCACGUGAAAAUGCAUAUUGCAACUUUUAAGCGUGCAAAUGGCUGAUGUCUAGUUUCCUUUCUUUUAUUCGCAGAGGCAGCGCUGCCUAUACUCUGUACGAACGCACUUAUUGAGGAUACAGUAGAUGUGCGGAUUCUGUACAUUGUGGUGAGAACAUUAGGUACAUGACAUCUACACCAUACUGAAUAAAGUGAUCUUUGCGAGA